AUGAUCCCGAUUCCACUGGUGGUGCUGGUGAUGGGGGGCUGGUGUGCCAUAUACCUGGCCGACACCUUGCUGAAGGCAUCAGAUUCUAUGAAAACUUCUUAUGAAGAAUGGCUGACAUCUUAUGGAUUGAGCAUCUCCCCUUUUCACAUACGAUGGCAAACCCCUGUCUUCAAUCGUCUCUUUUAUGAUUGGGGACGUUGGAAACCCAGGCUGCUUUACCAGUGGUUCAAUUUAGGAAUGGUGUUUGGAAUAAUUGCCAUGUUUAGUUCUCUUCUCCUUCUUGGAAAAACCCUGAUACAAACUUUGUCACAAAUGUUGACUGAAGCCCCUUCAGCUCAGAAUGAUCGGAUGCUACAAGUUGUGGUUCCUGGUGUGAAUUUACCUGUGAGCCAACUGACCUAUUUCUUUACUGCAAUCCUUAUUAGCGGUGUCAUACAUGAAAUUGGCCAUGGGGUGGCAGCUAUCCGAGAGCAAGUUCGGUUUAAUGGAUUUGGAAUUUUUAUCUUCAUUGUUUAUCCUGGAGCAUUUGUUGAUUUGUUCACCACCCACUUGCAACUUAUAUCUCCAGUUCAGCAGCUAAGAAUAUUCUGUGCUGGUGUCUGGCACAAUUUUAUGCUUGGAGUUUUGAGUCUGAUAGCUCUUUUUCUGCUGCCUGCAAUUCUUUUCCCACUUUACUACACUGGAGUUGGGGCCCUUAUUCUUCAUAUUACUGAGGACUCACCUGCUAAUGGACCCAGAGGCCUCUUUGUGGGAGACCUAGUCACCCAGCUGCAGGAUUGUUCAGUUCAUAGAGUGGAAGAUUGGAAUUCCUGUCUAGGGGUCAUCUCCCAGGAGCCACAGAUUGGUUACUGUUUAAAUUCAGUAACUUUGCAUCAGUUAAGUUUCCCAGCCAGAGUGUACAAAAGGCUUGAUGGAACAGUUGAAUGUUGUAGCAACAAUAGCCUCACAGAUAUCUGCUUUUCCUACAAUAAUAAUGUGAACACUCACUUGUAUGCCUGUCUGCCAGCCCGGAAAACAAUUGAAACCAAUCAAGUGUGUAGAAGUAAUGCAGAUUGUCAAAAUGACUUAGUUUCAAGUUUAUGUGUAAUACCGUCUUUGGAAAAUCAAACUCGAUUAAUAAGAGUGAAACACUCACCUCAGAUUGAUAUGCUGUUCGUAGGACAUCCACUGCACCUUCAAUAUACAGUGAGCCUCAGCAGUUUCAUCCCAAGAUUCAACUUUCUAAGCAAUGACCUACCUGUGGUUAUAGAGACAUUUUUCAAAUAUCUGAUUUCACUCUCAGGAGCACUGGCUGUCAUCAAUGCUGUACCCUGCUUUGCUUUAGAUGGGCAGUGGAUGUUAAACUCUUUUCUUGAAGCUACCCUUAGUUCACUGAUUAUAGACAAGCAAAACAGAGAUUUGCUAGGAUUUUUAAUUUUGCUUGCUGGCAGUACACUUUUAGCUGCCAAUGUGGCCCUGGGACUCUGGAUGGUGACAGCUCGAUAAUACAUAUUUGGACUCAUUUGACAAAAUCUAUGAGUUAUUAUGAUGUGCAAAAAAAAAAUCCAUGACAUUUGUUGCCAAUUAAAAAAAACUUUGCUGAGUUUGGUAUAUAAAACCUUCCUUAAAACUCUCCCAAUUGGCACCACUAAUUGAGAUCCUACUAAAUCUAGGGGCCUGUCCUAGGUAAUCUCCACAAUAUCAUUUGUUACCCCACUUAACAAAAAAAUAAGAAAAACUCGAUCUCUGACCUCAGAAGAUUUCAGCCUAGUUGUGACAACUAAACAUAUACGUUAAUUUGGACUUUGUGUGUUGUUCUAUGAAAAAAAAAAAGUUAUUAUAUCAUACCAACUGUUUAAGUGGUGUGUUACCUCAGAGUGAGGGAAUAAAUAGAAGUGAAGAGUUUGGAAGUCUUUUGAAGGAAGUGAACUAAAUCAGGUUUUGAAGGAAACAAGAGAUAAUGUGUGGCCAUAUUGGAAAGGUGAGAAUUUUCUAGGUUGGCCACAAGUGAAUCAAAACAUCUUUGGUCUUCAGUGUUUUUAAUUUGGUGCUGGAUUAUUUGUCAUAAGAGGAAGAAAGCUUGGGUAAUGGAGAGGUUUUGCUGCUAAGUCAAGAAGCCUGGGGUCCAAAUCUUGAACCUGACACAUAACUGGCUUUGCCACCCUAGAUAAGACAGUUGUCUUAGUGUCCUAUUUAUGUGGCAUGCUGAGUCUCUAAAUUGCAGAAUUUUUCCUGAUUAACAUUAGUAGAGGGAGUUUCCUGACUAUAAGUUCCCUACACUGAUGCAAGUACAGAUCCAGACCAAAAAUGUGUUUCUUUAAAACAGUUCUGAUUAAACAUUCAUUGUUUACAUGUACCUAGCCAGCGUUCAAAAAUUACCCUGAAUUGUUCAGGAAUGUGUAUUUGUUUGUUUGUAUGUAUGUAUAUAUAAAAUUGAUGACAUAAAAAAAUAAAAA